AUGGAUCCUCUGCCCGACCACACGGGAGCUGCGGACUGCAAAUGCAGUCCCUGCGCCUUAGGGACUCGAUAUCCCGUCUGGCCGCAGGCCAACCGCCUUGAUUCGUCGUCCCACCCGCGACCAGCGUCCGCGGCGUCAGCCCCUCAAAGCCAUGGAAGGGCCUCACCUGGGCGGACAUACCGUAGUCCCCAUUCUCGAGCAAUAUCGGAGCCGGCGGCGGCGGCGUGGCCUAGCCAUGUAUCUCUUGCAUCCCCGCAGCCGCCACUCCCGGUGAGGCACCAAUCGUUUUUCGGGCGGCUGUUUUCUUUUCUUACGUGGCACCACGCCAAGACGCGUGUUUUCCCUCAAACGCAGGAGACAGUCCCAAGAGCUGCGGGCACUUAUGGAGUGAGUUUCCGGUAUCCGUCGGUGCCCAGCACAGUAGACUUCCCCGUACGAGACAGAGCAGCCCCCAGCACAGAUGACGCUUCAGCAUACCCCACUGGGGCCACUUCUGCGCCGGAAGGAGGCUCUGCGGAUGAGGGAGAGAGCUACGGUGGCCCUGAAUCUAUUGCGGAUGGCAUAUAUGAUAUGGUGAGGUCUCGCGGCUCAGCAACCUUUACGGCCAAGGCUGAAUUGAUGGGAAAAGUCGUCUUUCUUCUGCUCGGGUUUACGAGUCUCAUUGGAUGGAACUUUUCUCUUAAUUUGGCUCCAUACAUGAGUGAAAGCCUGUUCCCCGAAGCUACAGUGAACGCGGAAAAUUCGUUUUUGGCAAUGUUUCAAAUCGCGAAUCUUUUGGUUCAGCUAUCUCUCCUUUACGUAGGGGCUUUGAGGGCGAGAUUCAUUAUAGUUGGCGGCUGGUCGGCUGUUAUCUUUCUGUCUGUCCUCACACCCGUCGUUGUAUAUCUGCCGGCGAAUAUUGCGUUUAUCUGUAUGCAUAUCAUGUGCUUUUUGAUGGGGGUGAGCUCUGGGCUUCUUCAAGGUGCAGGGUUUCUUAUUGCCGGGGUGAUGCCUAAGAACUUCGUGGGCGCUGUGUCCGUUGGCCAAGGGAUGGCAGGACUAGUGGCGUUCAGCCUCAGCGCCUUGCUGAGUUUCGCAUGGUUCCCUUUGAAUGCGCGCGUGGGCGUCACGACGACAGCCUGGGCGGUGUUCCUGUUUGCGGCGUUGGUCUCCGUGUUGUACUCCGCUGGUGUUUCCAUUCUUAUGCAGCAACCCUGGGCGCGCCACGCGCUGAGGCGAGCUGCAAAGCAACGAGAGCAGAGACUUGAGCUCGCCAGAAGGCGGCGCCAGGAGCGUGAAAUAGCCGCGGUUGCAGCGGCUGCUGAAGCGAUGGAAUGUGGUCUCGAAGGAGACAUGCUUGAGGAGGAAGGAAUGCAGACUAUUGUAGACUCUAUUCCUGAGCACGGCGGGGCUAACCAGAGACUCACCGAGCAGCAGCAGGAGCAAAUCACUCAUGAAAGCUGUGCCGCUGAUACCGAUGCACGCAGUCUAUGGCGCGUAGCAUUGGACGUCGCACCCGAGAUGUCAGCUGUUUUCGUCACCUUCUUUAUUACAUUGAAUAUUUACCCGCUUCUUGGGCCUACAUUACUGAAUUACAAUCAAUCCUUCCCCAACCACUUCUUGAUUCUCUUCGGCGUCUAUGGAAUUGGAGAUCUGGUAGGCCGAUCGCUCCCCGAUUUGUCUCGUACGGCCGCGUGGCUUUCAUGGCUCAUGCUGCCGCGAAAGUAUCUGCUGUUGAGUGCUUUCAGUCGGGCUCUCUUUUACAUACCAUUCCUGGCAGGUUACAAACUCAAGGGAGUCCCCGUCGUGAAUGACAUAUGGUGGUAUGCUAUCAUCAUGUUUUUUUUGGCCCUUACUCACGGCUGGACGGGGACCCUCGGGUUCAUUUAUUGUGGGACAAAGAUAGAAAAUCUCGGUGAAAAAGAUUUCACUGGCCCCCUCACAGUGAUCGCGUUAUCUCUCGGUCUCGUGGCCGGAUUGUACGUUGCUUACGCAGUAUACUGA